AUGCCACUAUACCACGAGCCUCUAGCCGAGCUAUACCACGAGCCUCUAGCAGAGCUAUACCACGAACCUCUAGCAGAGCUACACCACGAGCCUCUAGCAGAGCUAUACCACGAGCCUCUAGCAGAGCUAUACCACGAGCCUCUAGCAGAGCUAUACCACGAGCCUCUAGCAGAGCUAUACCACGAGCCUCUAGCAGAGCUAUACCACGAGCCUCUAGCAGAGCUAUACCACGAGCCUCUAGCAGAGCUAUACCACGAGCCUCUAGCAGAGCUACACCACGAGCCUCUAGCAGAGCUACACCACGAGCCUCUAGCAGAGCUAUACCACGAGCCUCUAGCAGAGCUACACCGAGAACCUCCAGCCGAGCUACACCAAGAGCCUCUAGCCGAGCUAUACCACGAGCCUCUAGCAGAGCUAUACCACGAGCCUCUAGCAGAGCUACACCACGAGCCUCACAUUAUACAUUCACGCAAAUACAUAUCAAACUCCAGAAAAGUGAACGCGGAGAAUUGA